GUGGAAAUAGGGGAAGGAGUCAGAUUUAUCCUGAUGGUAGCAAAAGUAACAAUACAGUUUAUAAUGCUACGGCAGGAGGGAUAAUAAGCAAAAUUUUACGAAAAGAAAAAGGGGGAUACGAAAUAACCAUAGUGGAUGCAUCGAAUGAACGCCAAGUAAUUGAUAUUAUCCCUCGAGGCAUAGAACUUCUUGUUUCAGAGGGCGAAUCCAUUAAACUCGAUCAACCAUUAACGAGUAAUCCUAAUGUGGGUGGAUUUGGUCAAGGGGAUGCGGAAAUA